AUGGCAAAUUUGACAGAUAAAUGAAUAACCACCAAAAGAUUGCGUUUCCAAAAUUUGUAUUUUGCCUCGUAUUCAUUGAAUUAAGUUACUAAAACCAUGAAAUUCAUAUAAUUACGUAUGUUAAGUUUCAGUAAGUUAAUCGUGCAAUUUAGAUUUUUAGUUAACUGUACACAUUUGCCGGUAACAAGAAAAGUUAUCUCACAGGUUUCCAUUUCAAACAAUUAUUUUUAUGGAAGAAAUAGGAUCAUGGCUCAAAAAACCAUAAUGAGUUUCUUCUCCUCUGCUCCAAAGAAACCUGUUAAAUUAGAACAGGAAGUUAUACAUGAUGAGGAGACAGACUCUAAUAGUGAUCAAUCAUCACCACCGGCUAAUGGAAAGGAAAAGAGGUCCUCCAAAAGACAACGGCUAGAGAGUAACAGCAGUGGCUCGGCAAGUGAAGAGGCUUCACCUCCUGAUAAGAGAAGGAAAUCAAAAAGGCUAAGGAUUGAGAGCUCUGGCAGUGAGACAGGACCUUCUCCGAAAUCCUCACCGAUGAAAGUAGAAAAGAGUGCUGGACCACCAAAAACAUACAACUCUCCUAAAAGCAAAAAGCCAAAAGCCAAAGUGGACUUAUCACUGUUACCGAAGAAGGAAACUAACAAACGGAAAAGUUCUCCGACAUCUGAACUCAAAGUUAAAGAAGAGGUGACUUCCCCAACUGUCAAAAGUGAAAAAGCAAUUAAAAAGGAGGAGAGUGUUAGUCCUGAUAGUAAGAAGGAGGAAAGUGUAAGUCCAGUUAGUAAGACAGAAAGUACAGACAGUGAGAAAAAGGAGGAUAAAGUAGUUCCAGAAACAGAAUACAACCCGGCCAAGUCCAAGUACCACCCGAUCAGGGACGCGUGCUGGUCGCGCGGCCAGGAGGUGCCGUAUCUGGCACUGGCGCGGACACUCGAGGCCAUUGAGGGCACAUCAGCUCGUUUGAAGAUGGUGGAGAUCCUCAGCAACUUCUUCCGCUCGCUGCUGGCGCUGUCGCCCGAGGACCUGCUGCCGUGUGUCUACCUGUGCCUCAACCAGCUCGCGCCCGCCUACCACAGCUUGGAGCUAGGCAUAGCAGAAACAUACCUGAUGAAGGCAGUAGCGCAGUGCACGGGCCGCUCGCUGGCCCAAAUCAAGAGCGCGGCGCAGAAGUGCGGCGACCUGGGCUCGGCUGCGCAGAGCGCGCGCGCGACGCAACGCACCAUGUUCGCGCCGCCGCCGCUGCGGUGCCGCCGCGUGCUGCGCGCGUUGAAGGACGUGGCUGAGCUUACUGGUCACGCCUCAGUGAACAAGAAAAUCGCCAAAAUACAGUCGCUGUUCACAGCUUGCAGGCAUUGUGAAGCCAAAUAUUUGAUUAGGUCCCUAGAAGGCAAGCUCCGCAUCGGUCUAGCAGAGCAGUCAGUGCUACAAGCGCUGGCAUUAGCCACGGCCACGACGCCGCCUGCACCCGGCGGCGCGACUGUGUUGGAUGCCUCGCGCGGCCUGCCGUCCGACGAGUUCAAGGCGCGCGUGGACGCGCACGCACUGACUAUCAAGAGCACGUACUGCGCGUGCCCGAACUACGACGCGCUCAUACCCGCGCUACUGCAGUAUGGUGUAGCAGCCCUGCCCGAGCACUGCAAGCUGACGCCCGGCGUGCCGCUCAAACCCAUGCUGGCGCAUCCGACGCGCGGCGUGCACGAGAUAUUCAACAGAUUCGAGAACGAGCAAUUCACGUGCGAAUGGAAGUACGACGGCGAGCGCGCACAAAUACACGUGCCCGCGAAUGAAGACGGCAGCGCGCCCGACCUUUCGCGCGCCGCCAUCUUCAGCCGCAACCAGGAGGACAACACCAGCAAGUACCCGGACAUUCUGCGGCGGCUGCCGGGCUUAUUACGUGAGAACGUGACCAGCUGCGUGCUGGACUGCGAGGCCGUGGCCUACGACGUCGCCGCCAAGAAGAUCCUGCCCUUCCAGGUGCUGUCGACGCGCAAACGCAAGGACGCGCGCGAGGAGGACAUCCAGGUGCAGGUGUGCGUGUUCGCCUUCGACCUGCUGCUGCUCAACGGACGCUCGCUCGUGGCCGCGCCGCUCGCCGAGCGCAGGCGAUUGCUACGCGAACACUGCCGCGAGGUCGAAGGCGAGUGGCAUUUCGCGACGUCCAAGGACUGCAGCACCAUGGAGGAAGUACAGCAGUUCCUGGACGAAGCUGUAGCCAACUCCUGCGAGGGGCUCAUGGUCAAGACCUUGACGGGUGACCACGCGCGGUAUGACAUCGCGCGCCGUUCGCACAACUGGCUGAAGCUAAAGAAAGACUACUUAGAAGGCGUGGGCGACACUCUAGACGUGGUCGUGAUCGGCGGCUACCGCGGGCGCGGCAAGCGAGCCGGCGCCUUCGGCGGCUUCCUGCUGGCCUGCUACGAGCCCGAGCAGGAAGUCUACCAGGCGCUCUGCAAGAUCGGCACCGGCUUCAGCGACGAGGACCUCCAGACGCUUAGUAAAGAGCUCGAGCAACAUGUCAUUGAGGCCCCCAGGAACUAUUACAGCUACGACCGCAGCCACGAGCCGGACGCGUGGUUCUCGGCGGCGCUGGUGUGGGAGGUGCGCUGCGCCGACCUGUCGCUGUCGCCCGCGCACCGCGCCGCCAUCGGGCUCGUCGACCACGACAAGGGCAUCUCGCUGCGCUUCCCCAGGUUCGUGCGCGUACGCACAGACAAGACUCCGGAGCAGGCGACGUCGGCGCAACAAGUGGCCGCCAUGUACCUGGCGCAAGAUCAGAUCAAGAACCAGGCCGCCAAGCCCGCCAACCUCGACGACUUCUACUGAGAGAAGGCAGCCAGUAUGAUAAGAACACGGUUAUGUAUUUAUUCCAUUUUUUUUUCUGGCUAAGCCAACGUAAAUAAUACAUUUUUUGUAAUCACUGGCGACGUGAGACGCGAUAUGUACGUAUUGUUUAAAUGAGGGCUAUCGUUUUUAUACUUAACAGUUGGCACCCCUGGCGAUUGACAGCACCUUACUCUACAGUGGCGCCAUCUUGAUGAGUGCAAAUGCGAUAGUCCUCCUACCACUUUAUCGCUCACCAGUUGGUGCCACUGUCUUCGCUACUAGCAAGUGACAGGACCUUACUCUACAGUUGCGCUAACUGGUGAGCGCUAAAACGAUAGCCCUCAUUGAGGUGUCCCGCACAACGAAAAAGAUGCGCCUGCAUCGAGCAGCAGAAAUAGUAAAUCUUGCUGCUGCAAUGGAUUUUAUUUUUAUAACUGUACUUAUCGUGUUUUUGUCAAAUAAUAAGCUGUAUUAUAAUUAAGUUGUCUCGAAUAACGUACGCGUAUGUUUUAUUGAUACGUGUAAACUGAUUUCGAUUCUAUGAUACUAUUUAUAAUAAAAAUGUUAGUAAUGUUCACAA